CCAAACCCUAGGGCGAUGCCAGCGCCCUAAUCGAUUUGAACCGUAGACAAUGCAAAAGAGUACCUUAGCAAAAGCCAUCGGUGAGAGGAGACGACGGAACACGCGGCGGCGGCGGCGAGAGAAGGGGAGGGCCGCUGCGCGAGAAAUCGAGAGAUAGGAGGGCUCGUAAAAGUGCUGAUGUGCGGUGGCCGCCCGUGUGCAAGUGGUGCGACUGCGAGUGGGCCUACACUGUGACCCUGUUCAUGGUUUGGGGCUGUGGUCCAAAGAGAUUUUUUGGGACCGUGGUAUCACCAACACUGAGCUUCUGAAAAUAGAUUUAGCCGGCGCUCAACUCGUUGUUACGGCAGUCCGUUUCUUAGAACGGAUCCACGGGCGCUCCUCUCCCCGAGCGCUCCUCCUCUCCUCGACGAGCGCUCCUCCUCGACGGCGCUCCUCUCCUCGACGACGCUGGAGCUCUCUGGCACGGCGCUCCUCUCCCUGUUUUCUGAAGGCGCUCCUCUCCCUGUUCGGCCCUGUCUCCUUCCCUUCCAAGCCGUCAAUCUUGAGCAGGUCGUUGUAGGUUCCUUCCCCGCGGCCAUGGAGAAAUCUCCAAGAUCCAUUCCUAUCGGAUCUGGACCUGCUAGGGCCGACACACGCAAAGAUGUCGCAGAAGCUGCAGAAGGGAGUAGGCGCACAGGCAUCGUCGACACGAGUAACAUUGAUUAUGGCACUAGUAGAUUACGCCCGCGCCAUCGAUUAUGUAGGACACAUGGUCCAGCGCAAAGAUAUAAUCGAGUUUGGGAUGGUCUUUUAGACGCCAUUAGACAUAUGCAAUUAUCUGCCGAUGAGUUGAGGAAGUUGAGCCGCCACAAUCAUGUGCCUGAGUAUUUGGAUAUGUUGCACAAAAAUUGCUUGGUUAAUGCCAUGAGUGAUGUUACUGAAAUUGCAAAAGGUCUAGACAUUAUGAGCAGGGAUUUGGAGGAAGUUCUUAUUGGUCCGCAACCUCUACUUGAGGAUUACGAAGCCCUUGGAAUGUACGAUGAUUUCAAAACCAAUGUUCAUUGUGAUUGUACUGAGCAGUGUGGUUCAGAUGAGGACAACUCUUCUUUUGACUCGGAUGAGAUCCCUGAUCGCCGUAUGAAGGGCUCUGUAUGAAGUGAGACUAUCUGAGCUAUUUGUCUAUGAUAGAGUUGCCUCCUCGACAAUAGCCAUGUAUUAAUUUGAUGUAGUAUUCUAUUGCCAAUGUAUUUUGUGAGACUUGUAAUUCAUGAUGUAUUUUUAGUUCAACUUGGUUUCGGCCAUGAUUGUUUUGGCCAUAAUGUAUCUUCAACUUGUAGUUCAUGAUGUAUCUUCAACUAUGUGUGCCCAGUUUAAUGAAUUCAGCUUAUUCCA